AUGGGUUUCCUCGUCGGAGCCACUUCCUUCGCCCCCUCUCCUCCUCCUCCUCUCCCUUCUUCGUCUCCUUCUACGUCGCGCUUCCUACUUCUUUGCUCCAACAAUGUCACUAACUCCAAGCGUCGCCGACCACCACCGUCGGCUUCUCUACGCCGUCAAGAUACAAACGACGACGAAUUUUCCGUCAAAAGAAGAGAUUUUGUUCUUGUGGGUGUCUCUGUUCUUCCGUUUUUGCAGUUUCGGUCUCCGGCUAUGGCGGACGAAAGAGGAGAGAGUGAGAUUAAGACAUCAAAGCUUAAUCAAGGAAGUGAGGUUGCUGUAAGUGAAGGAACGUCCUCAAAUCCGUUUGUGUCUCUUUUGAAUGGUCUUGGAAUCUUCAGUGCUGGUGUUCUUGGUGCACUCUAUGCUCUGGCUCUGCAAGACACAAAAUCUGCUCAAGAAGCCAUCGAAUCUCUAAGGAACCAGUUGAAAGACAGAGAAAGAGCAUUGAUAACCAAGGAGAAAGACUUUGAAGCAAGACUGCAGAAUGAGCAGGAAGAGCGGAACAAGGAGCGUAAAAAGGCACAAGAGGAUAAGUUGUCUUUGAUCAGCCAGUUGAAUUCUGCAAAGGAUGUGGUUACAGGAUUAGGCAGGGAGCUAAGCAGCGAGAAGAA